AUGAGUAUAUCACCAUUGAAAUAUGAAUCUAAAAUAUUGAGCAACCUAGCUAAUAUGCUAAAAUUGAGCGAAAAGUCAGAUGAUGAAAUACUAAGUGAAAUAAAUGAAGGUAAUGAAAAUAAAGUUUUUGAAAUUGAUGAUGAUGUUAAACAAGUGGUUGAUUUGAAUAAAAUUAAUUGCACAUGUGAAGAAUCAAAGAAAAAAAUAGAAGAGUGUGAUAAAAAAAAAUUUGUAUAUAAUUAUAAUAUUGAAACAUAUAGAGUAGAUUUUUUUCUUGAUAUUUGUAAUGCUUUAUCAAGAUCUAAUUAUAAACCCUAUUUAAGUGAAGAAGGGAAAAAAGAAAUAGUGAAUGGAUUAAGAGUAAGAAGAAAUUCAAAUUUAUAUAAAUAUGUUUCUUUUUUUUUAAGUAAAGAACGAAUGAAUAAAGAAAGAAUGGAUGACGGGAAAAAGGUAGAAAAUAUUUAUCAUUGUUUUAAAUGUUUAAAAAGUGUAUUACAUAUAUGUAUUGAUGAUGAUGAUGAUAGUAAUAAUAAUAAUAAUAAUAAGAUGAAGACUACAAUGUAUUUAAAAAAUAAUAAUAGUAUAACUGAACAAAUUGAAAAUAAAAUUGAGAAUGAUAUAUUAAAUGAAGAAAAUAGUAGUCUUGAAAAAGUAAAUCAUAGAAAGGGAGUUAUAUCUGUUUCAAAAUAUAAAUCAGAAUUAACUUCUAUUACUAGAAUGUCUAAUGAAAAAAUAAUGCAAACUAUAUUAGAACAUACCAAGGAUAUGGGUAUAAAAAAGGAUACAGCCAAAAAUAUACGAUCAAGAAAUGAUAAUAAAAAUGAUGAUGGUCAUGAUGAUCAUCAUAGUAGCAAUAACAUCAAUAGUAACCUGAAUAAUAACAGUAAUAAUAAUAAUAUUAUAAAAAAAAGUAAAACUUAUGAAAGCGUCAAAGUAAGAAAUAAUUAUUAUUAUAAUGAUGAUAAUGAUUAUGAUAAUCAUAUUUAUGAAAAUGAAAAUGUUAUAGAUAAUAAUAAUAAUAUCGAACCCGAAAAAAGAAAUAUUCCUAAAAGAACAGUGGUACAUAAAAAAUCCUCUGUACAGCGAAAAACAAACGUAACAAAUAAAAAGAGACUUUCUCAAAAUAAAUCGAUAACAAGGAAUUCAUAUAAAAAAAAUGAUAGAAUAAAUUCUACAUGUGAUGUAAGAGCAAGCAAAAUUAAAGAUACUAUAUAUGAAAAGAAAAAGAGAAAUGUUAGAAGGAGUUUUGAAGUAAAUGCGAAUCGACGAAAAAGAAAUACAAGACAAAAGGGGGGGUUUUCUGAUGAAGAAGGAAUGAAAAUGAAUGACGAUAAUAAAAUUGAUGAUAAUGCACAAAAUAAUAACAACAUUGAUGAUAAUACACAAAAUAAUAACAACAUUGAAGAUAAUACACAAAUUAAUAACAACAUUGAAGAUAAUACACAAAAUAAUAACAACAUUAAUGAUAAUACACAAAAUAACAACAUUGAAGAUAAUACACAAAAUAAUAACAGUAUUAAUGAUAAUACACAAAAUAACAACAACAUUAAUGAUAAUACACAAAAUAACAACAAAAAUGAUGAUAACAAUUUGAAAGAUAAUAUAACUAAUAACAUAUUGGAUGAUAAUGGUGUUCCAAAGGAGGUAGAUAAUAAUUGUCAAAAUGAUAUAAAUGUACAUAAUAAAGAAAGCUGUAAAAAUGAUAUAUAUUCAUCUAUACAGAUUAAUAAUACGUUUAAUAAUACAAUGAUCAAUUCUACAUCUGUAGAAGAAGAAAAUAAUAUUAGAAAUGAACAAAAUGUAAUAAGUAAUGUUAUAAGCGAUACAAAUAUAUAUCCAUAUAAUUUAUCAAAUGUGAAUAAUAUGAAAGAUCCUAAUUUUAAUAAUAACCCAGAAAAGGAAUAUAUUAAAGAUAAGGAUUUGUGUGAUUUACCAAAUGAUAAUAUAACUUCCAAUGGUGAUAAUAUAAAAAAUAAGGAGAUUUAUAAAAUGGAUUAUGCAAAUAAAGCUUUACUAUCAAAUAAUACAAAUGAAAAAGAUUAUGAUUAUAACGAAAGUGAUAAUGCAUCUUAUUCUACAGAUGAUUCUAAAUAUGUAAAAUAUUUAAAGAGGAAAAAGAAAUUACAAGAACAAGGUAAAAUUAUUAUUGAUUUAAAUUUAUUUCAUGGAAAUUCUGUGAAAACAACAAAUAAACGUGAUAAAGAAGAAAAGCUACAAGAAAAGUUAAGAAUGAAACAAAUAAAGAAACUUUUAGAUGAAAAACAAAUGGUUAUAUGUAAAAUUGAAGAUAUAGCUAAAAAGAGAAAUAAAAAAUAUGUAAAAGCACAAGUAUUAUCUAAAGAUUCUAAAAUUGAACGAGCCUAUUUUAGUCAUAAAAUGAAAAAAUUUUAUAAUUCCAAAUCUAGCUAUUUUGGUUGUGGAUGGUCAAGUAACAAAAAGGAAUGGACUCCAUUUAUUCAUGCACCUUUUUUUGAAAACCAACAUAAUGCAAUUUAUAAAAAUAGAAAUAAAAAAUUGUAUGAAGAAAUAUAUGAUACAUUAUUACAUGGAAGAAUACAUCCUGAUAUUAAAGUUGUAGAAUUAAAAGAUCAUAAACAUCCUAUUAGGUUGUGUACUCCUUAUAAUGAAGAUUGUUAUUCUGUUGUAUAUACAGGUAAAAAAAUUAAUGCUACUGAUGAUAGAGUUAUAUUUGGCGAAUAUACAGGUUAUGUAGCUAAUAAUAAAGAAUUGUCACAAGAAAAACAUCAAUAUAUGUUUGCUUUAGCAUUCAAUAAGAAAGUAUUUAAUGAUAGGAAACAUGUCGUUUUUAUUAAUGAAGUUGAGUUAGAUGAAGAACAAAAUUAUCCUAGUCAAGUUGGAUCAACUGUGAUGAAUAAAGUUAAGGCUCAUGAAAAAAAUAAUAUAAAUAAUACAAACAUUUAUAAUAGUCCUCACAUUUUAAAUGGUAACAAUAAUAUAAAUAGUAAUACUACAGAGGAAACUAUGUCAAAUAGAAAGAUUGAUAAGAUUAAGCCCGUUUCCAAUGUAGUUAUGACAGAUUAUAAUAACAUUAAUAGUUAUAUUAAUAAGUGCAAAACAAAUGAAAAUAAUAAAAAGUCAAGAGAUAUAAAUAAUUUAAUAAUACUUCCAGAUAAUUAUACAUAUGCUGUAGAUUCAUCUUAUAUGUUUAAUGAAAUGUCUUUAGUAAAUCAUUAUAAAACAUGUAGUGUAUUUAACAACUUUGAUUUCAGAAUUAAUUCUGAAUGGCAAUUAGUAUAUCUGGAUGGAUGGCCACAUAUUAUUCUAACAUCAAUUCCAGGUGUUGAAAUUCAUCCAGGGGAAGAAAUUUUUGCUGAUUUUGGUUUUGAAUGGUUUGAAAAAGUUAAUGAUAUAUGUUUAAAUGAAUUCAUAAAAAAUAACUAUUUUUAUAGAUUAUAUAAAUUAAAUACAUCUAGAGAAAUAGUUUUUAAUGGAAUGGAUGACAUUGUAGAAAAAUAUAAUUUAUUAAAAAAUCAUAUCACUUGUAAUAUAUGUAUGCAUAAUGUCAAUACUGAUGGUAAUAAUUUCAUUUUAUGUUCAGGAUGUAAUCAUGUGUAUCAUUUAAAGUGUGUACAUAAAUUUAACACAGAAGUUAAUGAAAAUUAUGAAUGGUUUUGUUCUGGUUGUCUUCAAUUUUGUUUUAAUAUUAUAAAACAAAAGGAGUUUGUAGAUUAUAUAGAAAAGGAAAAUCAAAAGAGGUUCAUUCAACUUUUAGAUGAUUUAAAUGGGGAUAAUUUAAAUACUGUGAAUAAUGAAAAGAAAUCUAAUGCUGUGGAUAGUAUAAAUAAUUCUAAUAGUACUGAUAAUAUAGAUAAUUCUAAUAGUAUUGAUAAUAUAAAUAAUUCUAAUAGUACUGAUAAUAUAAAUAAUUCUAAUAGUACUGAUAAUAUAAAUAAUUCUAAUAGUACUGAUAAUAUAAAUAAUUCUAAUAGUAUUGAUAAUAUACAUAAUUCUAAUAGUAUUGAUAAUAUAGAUAAUAAGGAUAAUCUAGAUAACCCUAAUAAUUCAAAUAUUUCUUUUGGCGUUAAUAAUUCAAACAUUUCUUAUAGUACUAAUAAUUCAAACAUUUCUUAUGGUGUUAAUAAUUCAAACAUUUCUUAUGGUGUUAAUAAUUCAAACAUUUCUUAUGGUGUUAAUAAUUCAAACAUUUCUUAUAGCGCUAAUAAUUCAAACAUUUCUUGUAGCGCUAAUAACUCUAACAACAUAGAUAAAACUAAUAAUGGUAACAGUUUAGAUAACGCAGAUAAUAUAAACGAUGUGAACAAAAUAAACAAAUCAAACGAAAUUGUAAUUAAAGAUGUGAAUAAUAAUAAUUUUUUUUCUGUUGAAAAUAAUGAUAAGCAGAAAUAUUUGGAAGGCUUGGAAAAUAUAAGAAAACUUCUACAGUGUAAAGAAAAUAUCGAUGAUUUAUUUAAAAAUAAAGAAUAUGUAAAUAGUUUUUUGGAAAAAAUAGAUGAUGAAAUGAAUGUUUUUGAAAAUAAAAGAAGCGAAGAUGAAUCUGUUAAGCUUGAUGAUUUAAAACAUAUUUUUGAAAAUAGUUUUGAACUUCAUUUAUUAAUAGAUUAUAAGAAAAAAUUAGAAGAUUUAUUGGAUAGUACAGAAAAGGUGGAUUCAUUUUUGAAUGAUAGAAAUGUUUUGAAUACUAUGAAAAUCAGGAAAAGAACAUUAGCUUUUUUAAUGGAAAACAAAAAGUAUAUAGAUAAUUUUAUACAAAUGAAUGAAGAAAAGAAUUAUACAAAAAUUAAUGAUUGUGAGAAGAAUAAAAAAGAAGAAGAUAUUAAUGAAAAUACAACGUGUAGGCAAGUCGAAAAACUAGAAGAUAGGAUUAUUCAAAAUAACCAUAAUAAUCAAUUAACAAAUCCUGAAUAUUGUAGUACAUUAAAAGGAGAAGAAGAUAAAUCAGUAAGUUUGAUAGAUAAUAAAUCAAUGUAUGAAAGGGUAGAUAAUCAUAGUAUUUGUAAUGAAAUAAAUUCAUGUAUAUCAAGUACGUACGAAAAAACAUUAUAUAAUAAAUCUAACAAUAUAAUUAGAAAUUUAAAGGAAAUGAAAAAGUAUGAAAAAGAAUGCCAAAAUAAUAACAAUUAUAGUAAUAUGUAUUGUAGCUAUAUGAUGAAAUUAAGCAAGAAAAUAUUAGGAUUUCCUUUAAUAAAAGAUUUUUCAAAAGGCUUAAGUACACUUGAACCAUCUUUGCCUUUAAAUGAUCACUUAAAAAAAUUAUCUGUUUGUACAAAUUGUUAUAGUAAACAUCACGAUUUAGCAAAAGCAAUAAUUUGUAGAGUAACAAAAAUGCAUUUUGAAGCUAAUUAUAAUGAUUACUUAACUGACGAAGAUUUAUUUAAAACAUCCAGUGAAUUUAUCCAAUCAGUAAUAAGAGAACUAGCUAAUACUGUAAAAGAGUACAGGAAAAAAGAAUUGAACAGAGUAUAUUUGCAACAUGCAACAGAAAAUGAUAGUAUGAUACUAGAUAGAGUUAAUAAGGAUAUGAACUUGGAAUUAAAUUAUAAUAAUGUUACACCAACUAGAACUAGUAUUCACAAUGGUAGUUGUACCAAAACGAAUAAGGAAUAUAAUGAAUCCUUUUAUAAAAUUAUGAGUCCAUCAUUUAAUAAUGACACUGUUGAAAAGAGUAAUAUUAUCACACAAGAAAAUAACCAUAUCCUAAAUAAUCAAAUUGUACACUUAGCUGAAGAACAGGUCGGAAAUUGUGAAUAUCAAAACAAAGAAGUUAUUGAUUGUGGUACAAAAGAGCAUAUGAAUGAAAAGAUAAACGAUCACUCGAUUGAAGAAAAAUGUCAUGAUGAUUGCUAUUCAAAGGAUAUGCAUAUAUUAUAUAAAAAUACUUUUUUGCCAAGAGAAGAAAUAGAUAACUGUAGUAUAGAAAAAAUGAAGGACCAGCAUGAAGAAAAUGACAUAUUAAAGGAUCUAAGAAAGGAUACAUUAAAUGAUACAUUAAAUGAUAUGUCAAAAGAUAUGUCAAAAGAUAUGUCAAAUGAUAUGUCAAAGGAUAUGUCAAAUGAUAUGUCAAAUGAUGUAUCAAAUGAUGUGUCAAAUGAUUUGGAUGACAAAAAGAAUGAUUUGAAGAGCUAUGAAAAACCGUGUAAAUUAAAUAAUUUUAUCCCCCUUAUAGGAGUAGAAUUAGGAAAAACAAAAUUUCAAAGAGAAUUUACUAAUGGUACUUUUGUUGGUACAGUUACAGAACAAAUAAAGGACGAAAAUAAUAAUAAUUUUUUUGUUGUAACUUAUGAAGAUGGAGAUGUUGAAUGGAUAACUCCAUCCUUUUUAUUUCAAGAAAUUCUAAAACAAUCUACAAAUAAUACUACAUAUCCUUUAGCUAGUACUUUUAAGGAUAUAUUUUAUGAAGAUUUUAAAAAGGAUAUAAAACUAAACAACCAUUCUUAUGAAUUAAAAAUUGAAAAGAAAAAGAGAAAAAGUAUGUUUGAAUAUGUUCCUAAUAAUAAUGUAACCAAAAGACAAAGGCAUGCAUACGAAGAAAAUCUAUUAAAAAAAAAAAAUACUAAUCAGGAAGUUAAUACAUCACGAAGAAGUUUGAGUAAAGUGAAAAAUGUAGAAUUUAAUGAUUCUCUCAGAAAAACAAGAAAAAGAACUAUGUCUACAGGUUGA